CACGAGGAGAGCUUGACUGCGGUUGUUCGUGGUUGCGAUGGACUUUGCGUUCAACCAAGCUUCAAACAUCGCUGCCACUGGAACUCCCCGCUCAGCUCGUUAGAUGUCAUCCCGUCUUUGACAGGUGCAUAGCCAUGGAGUGAUGCAGUUAUUGCCCGGGUCUCUCCUCCUCUCAGUGCCCAGCACACCACUAAGCUGUUACUGCAAGUCGACCAGCGAUGGGUUCCGGCGCACCUACUCUGCGAAGGUCUCUUUUUAUCUACCUAGCCUUCAUCCUGAUGGCGACACUCGUGUCACCCACACCCACCAAUUUCACGAUCGAUGACGAGUACGGCGACUCGGUCUCAGGUCUGCAGCCGAUCUACCAGCCAAGCUGGAAUUAUGGGCCUCAAUGUCCUGGGUGCGCUAUACACCCGGAAAAGGAUGAGACAUUCGACCAGACUUGGCAUGACACCACGAUACAUCCGGAGGAUCCAUCUUACAAUGUCACUCUGAUGUUUAAUGGUACCGCAAUCUGGGUGUAUUGCAUCAUCCCAUUCUCCCAGGUGAACGUUGUGACUUUCGUGAAUCUGACCUUUGAACUGGAUGGCGACUACGUCGGAGCGUUUUCCCACCAAUCCGACGAUUAUAUGUCCUACAAUAUCACUGUGUACAGCAACACAUCGAUGGAGAACCAGGACCACACGUUGGUGAUGACACUGCGGAACGACAUUGAUGCUUCCGUCGCGCUGUUUGACUGGGCGCAAUAUACGUACGAUCCGGAGCCUGAAGUCGUAUCUUCGUCGACCUUCAGCAUAUCGAACACUAGUUCAAGCACAUACUCUGAGACUGAGUCCUCGACGCGUACCUAUGAGCCAUACACGUUGCGUCUAACGAGUUCUUUUACAAGUUCUUCCAUACCGGCUCUUACCUCACACUCCUCAUCAAAGUCGUCAAAGAGCCCCACUGGUGCGAUAGCUGGAGGUAUAAUCGGCGGCAUCAGCGCCCUUGUUCUUGGCCUGCUCGCCUUCUUCUACACGCGUCACUACUGCAGAGGCGGAGCAGUCAGGUCCCGCAGUAUGAGUGACAGCGCCCCGCGUCGUCGAGGCCUCCUUGAACGCCAGGCCGCCGUUAGUGUGGAGCCAUUCUUCGGUUAUCCGACGACUCAUCAGCCCGUGCAUUCAACUGUGACAUCGUCGCCAAAGGAAGUUGCGAGAUCAGCCUGGUCCGCGCCCCAGGCUACAUAUUUCGAAACGCCAGGAGACGUCACGGGAGGUGCGAGCCCGAUAACUGUCACGUCGAGGCGUAACAUCGCUUUCGAGAAUUCAGAUGUGCCCGAAACGACUGCAAGGCCGUCGCUUGACCCACCCCAGACGACGUCUUUCAGGAUAUCGAGCACAGAGCUCCUCUCGACGGCACGUGCUGCCACUCACAAAGAUGGAAUGACGACGUCUCAGGCACGCCAGGCCGAGAGGGAUAUAUCUGCGGUCCGAUACGAGGAGCUCGCGCGCCACAUGCGCGACAUGGACCGGCAGGUCGCCGAGCUUCAGCGGCGCCAAUUCGACUCCGGGAACGUCUCCGUGGGCGGGCCUGUGUCUGAUGCCCAUGGCGACGUACAGGUGCAUAGCGAUACGGAUUCGAGAAGGCAGAUCGAGGCCUUGCAGAUGGAGGUGGAACGGCUAAGGGUGUUGGCAGCGGCAGCAAUGGCCUUGCCUCCCCCAGCGUAUGAGCUUGACACUGACGAAGAAUCUUGAGGUUCAGCAGGUGACUUGUAGGUCUACCAAAAUUCGAACCAGCAUGUCAUGAGGGGAGUAUAUAAUAUACUAAUGGGUAUAAUGCCAUGUAUGUCCUGACAAAUUCGCCGGUCUCACUCGCGAGGGGCCCGUUACGAAGACGCUAGACACGCAUACCUCAAUGCGGUCCUUCGCCUUGCUCCUCGUGCAUCCCUAUUGCAUGCUUGGCCUUUCGAGCCGUCGCAUGCUCCAGUCUGUGUUCCGCUUCUGUAGCAUUGUCCUCCGCUAUGCGAAAAAUGCCGUCG